AUGGCGCCCUCCACCACCGUUUCCCGGAGGAAGCGGCUCAAGCGGAAGGCGCCCCGCGGCUUUCUGAGGCGCCUUCUCAAGCAGCGGAAGCCUCAGCUGCGCUUCGAGAAGUGCGCAGAUUUACUGGUGCACCUGAACUGUUUAUUGUUUAUUCAUCGACUAGCGGAAGAAUCCAGGAUAAAAGCCUGUGAGAAUAAGUGUGGAAUCAUUAAAACUGAACACAUACUUAAUGCAGCAAAGGUAAUUCUAAAGAAGAGCAAGGGUUAG